AUGCCAAGACAUCCAAAUAUCAUUUGUCCACCAGAAAUACUAGUUGUGACCUCCAAAAUUCAAGAUGGUGGGCAGAUGUUCUUAUGCGGAACUUUGUACCCUUUCAUGAAAAACGACUCGCUAGAUCAAGUAGUGAACAAGUCACCUAUCACGAAGACACGCCUCCCAUUGAAAGACAAAGCUAAGUGGUGUCAUCAGUUGGCUUCAGCUCUUUCUCACACCCACUUCAAGGCGAAUACGUAUCACAUAAAUAUCAAGCUCGGCAACUUCCUUCUGAAUGACGACGAGGACUUGUUUGUGACUGACUGGGAGGAGAGUGAAGCACCCUCUUCAACCCUCGCGCCCGAGGCCAACGGGUGCUGGGAUGUUGAAAGCAUCAGAAAGCCACGUAGAACGGCCGGAGACUCUAGCACUUCCACAUCUAUGUUCGUGUACAAAAAGUAUGAAGGCACACCACGACAGCACCUCUGGAGCUGGCCAGAAUGGAACGUCUUUCCAACAUGGAGAGAAGAGUGCCCAGAAGCUUUAGAGAAGGCGGAAGUCUUCAGUUUAGGUCGAACCAUGUGGAUGGUGCUCGGACAAGUGGCAUCAACCUGUGACAUCGAUGUUGACUCCAUGGUUAGCUGGGACGAAAGUGCAUCGGACAUUCCACAACACUGGAAACAUCUUGUUCCACGUUGUGUAGAGGCCGAUCCUAACAAGAGGAUUGGAUUGUCUGAGCUCACAGGCUGCUGCGAGUACUUUAGGCGUGAACACUAG